AUGAAAUUUUCCAUAGAUUUCUAUGUGAAAAAGAGAAAAAGGAAAACGAUUUGCAAAAACGCACUAACCGGAGACGUAAUCUUUAGACAAACAAAUCCAGAAGAUCCAGUUGAAAUAACUGGAGUGAUAUCUGGAUUAUCUCCAGGAUUUCACGGUUUUCACGUACAUCAAAAUCCAGAUCUAUCGGAUAAUUGCAAAGGUGCCGGACCUCAUUUCAAUCCGGAACAGCUCACACACGGUGCCCCCCACGAAACCAUACGUCACGCCGGAGAUUUGGGUAACAUACCGGUUGAUCCGAGCGGAUUUUCAACGUUUCAACUGACCGACAGGAAAAUAACUUUGUGUUCCGACAGCAAUUUACAAAUAUUGGGUAAAUCCAUCGUCGUACACGAAAAAGAAGACGAUUUGGGUAAAGGAGGAAACGAAGAAAGUAAAAAAACCGGAAAUGCCGGUGCAAGAGUCGCUUGUUGCGUUAUCGAAGCUGCCAGCCAAUACCUCGCAGCUCCUUAA